AGCACCACCAUCUCCCCAACAACGCGCUUUACGACAUGGAAACGACUGAUAUUGCACGCCUCAAGUCUGGCGAGGUCAACCUCGGUACCUCGAUCAUGGCGGUCCAGUUCAAGGAUGGCGUUGUGGUGGGCGCAGACAGUCGCACGACCACGGGAAGCUACAUUGCGAACCGUGUUACAGACAAAUUGACCCAUGUUCACGACCGCAUCUACUGUUGUCGGUCAGGAUCCGCGGCAGACACCCAGGCCAUCGCGGACAUUGUGCACUACUACCUCCAACUCCACACACAAACCAGCGGCGCACCACCAUCCGUACAUACCGCGUCUACAAUGUUCCAGAAGCUCUGCUACGACAACAAGGACGGCCUCUCCGCGGGCAUCAUAGUCGCCGGCUGGGACAAGGAGACUGGGCCGAGCGUGUACAACAUCCCCCUCGGCGGUGGGCUGUUCAAGCAGCCGUGGGCGAUCGGCGGAUCGGGCUCGACGUACGUCUACGGCUACUGCGACGCGACAUACCAGGAGGGCUGGGACCGCGACCAGACCGUCGAGUUCGUCAAGAACACCCUCGCGUUGGCGAUGUCCCGAGACGGCUCGUCGGGUGGUGUGAUCCGCAUGUGCGUGAUCACGGAGGACAAGGUCGAGCGGCUGUUCGUCCCCGGGGACCAGCUCCCUAAAUUCUGGCAAGGAAAGGAGGUGCUCGGGACGUCUACGAAUGACGCCGACCUGGCGGCGGCCGUGGCGAUGGCCGUAGACGCAUAGAACUCGACUAUGCGCAAUGUAUACUGGACGUUUACUCUGAGUGGGUCGAUAGUGUAAUGCUAGGAUGGUACAUCGUGUGGUGUCCGUGAGUGGGAAGCUACGUGCAUUAUAUGUGGCAAUUAUGUGUAACGUUGUCGAGGGGGCUCUGCCAUCCAGUCCACAGAACAGUCGUCGUCCGGACCUCCUUCCCACAUGCGGAUCCUCCAGAGCGCGAUCGCGAGGGGGACCGUGUCUCCUCUAAACAGGGUCUUCUCGUCGGAGCAAACAAGGAUAGCAUGACUGGCUUUCUGGUCGCCUUUGGCCCGCAGAGGGACGCCAUCGGGCGACUUUGCGUCGUUGCCAUGCAGUACUGGCACCGAUCCUGUCAUAAGACGCGUCGUGCGCUCCGCCCUCAGCACCUCUCCAAGAGCCGCAUGGAGCGCGGCCCUCUGUGUUUUGGAUGGGAACAAGGAGGCGCCGUUAUACAAGGGAACGCGCGACGAGGGGACUGUGUCCGGGAGCCCGCUGCUCUGGAACCUCUUCUCUUCCGCGGUCGGAUACAUGACGCACAGCGGCAGACUAUUAGGCAGUUCCUUCGGUGACAGAUCCUCGGAGUCCGGCAUAGAGCUGGAGGAGGGAGCUGGGCGGGUCUUCGUCCCCGGAUCCCUGUUCGGGGGAGGCACGACGAGGACCGCGACAGCGUUCUUGUGAGGCACCACGCCGGACGUCUUGAUCUCGGCCCACUCAGCGCGGGUGAGGCGCCGCAGUAGUGGGGGCUCGUCUGCUUUCGCCAGCCGCCGUCGCCGCAGGAGUCGGCGUGUGAGCAUCUGGAGCUCCUGGAGGACGCGCACGCGCAGCAGGUGUCCGACUUGCUGCGUGAUGAGGGGGUGCAUGGGUGAUGUGGCGACGCCGUCGGGCGUGAAGCGUCGGUAUGUGCCUCGCUCGCGCACGGAUUCGAGGGCUCGUUUGUAGCAGAGCACGUAGCCGCUGCGCCCGCCUUGGAAGCGGGAGAAGGCCGGGUGCUCGAGGCCGCUGGGCAGGAAUGUGCAUUUCGGUUUCUCAGAGGGUGGAGUGGGCAGUAGCAUCGGUGUCAUGCGUAUUAGCAUCUCUCGUGGUAGCAUCCAAUUUGUGUGAAAACAUUGUCGCAGAGGGCUGCCUAGCAUACGCAAGUAAGGAUUUGCGUAAAAUGACCUCUCUUCUUCGGUCAUCUCCCGCGGAAGGACGUCCAUAGGUGCCCGGCCUCUGAACUGCUUCGCCUUCCAUCUGGACUUGGACACAUACACGUACGGCGCGAGACCUUUCGACCGCUGGUAUCGCGCAUGUCGAUAGAUGAGACGGAGGGCUUUGCGGUCUAGCAGAAUAGACUCUUUGCGGCCGUCCGGCGAGAUAUCGACUUCUUCAGGACGCGUGAAUUGCCGUGUCAAUACCUUUAAUGAUAGGGAUGGUGGCGCGGCCGGUCUGCGAAUGGAGCGCGGAGGACGAGAGCG